CGCUGUGGAAGGGGCGGGUGCCGGUGGCAACUGUCGUGUGACAGGUCAUUUGUUGGUGUUUUUGGUUCAAAUUUCUUAAUCGAGAUAAAAUGAACAUCCAGAAGCUGGAAAUGGAGGCCCAGCACCUGGCCUGGCAGCAGGUGGCAAACAUGCUGCAGCGGCCUGAUCAACUGGAGAAGGUUAACCAGUAUAAGCAGCGUGUGGUGCGCAAGAAGAACUCAGUGGAGGCAAUGCUGAAGACUGCAAUGCAGAGUCAGCUGGACGAUGUAAAGCUGGGCCUGAAUCAGCUGCAGGCAGCACUGCAGGAUAUACAGGAGUCUAGACACAGUCUGCAGGAGAUCGAGGCGGCGCUGGCCGAGGUGCCCGCCCUGCUGCCGCAGUUCUCCGAUCUGCGCGAGGAGAGUCGUCUGCACCAGCAGUACGAGGCGGCCGUCUGCACCAUGGACUUCACGCUCAUGAUCGACAAGUUCGUGGAGCGCGCCCAGAAGGUCAUGCAACAAAGCACGUUGCUGGCAGCGCACAAGUACCUGAUCGAGCUGGAGCGGACCCGGGACCGGCUGCUGCUGGACCUGCUCCGCAAGCUGGGUGGCCACAGCAGCGAGGUGGAGCGGCUCAAGGCACAUUUCAAGGAGGUGGAGGCUCUCUCCGACAGACUUGGGAAGCAGCUGUGGCUGAAGCUGAGCCGCACGCUGGCCACGGUGCGCCGCGAGCCGCAGGAGAUCGUCACGGCGCUGCGCAUCAUCGAGCGCGAGGAGCAGGCCGACGCCGAGCUGCUCAGCGGCGGCCACCACACCGACUACGUGCCGCCCGGACGGCCCAAGCGCUGGAGACAGCGCGCGCUCCAGGUUCUGGAGGAUGCGGUCAACACCCGGGUCGAAGCCAACGCGUUCGAGAGCCGCGUUGACAAUAAGAUGUGGCUUGUGCGGCACCUGGAGGUGUGUCGCCAACUGGUGCUUGAGGACCUGCAGGUGGUGGUGAAACUGUGCGUCGUCUGCUUCCCGCCUGAGUACGACAUCCUCAACACAUAUGUCAAGAUGUACCACACCGCGCUAUCCAAGCAUCUGAUGGACACGAUCGCCUCCGGUCUGGAGGGUAAUGAGUACUUCACACUGCUCUCUUGGAGCCAGCGCACGUACCCGGGGCCAGAGCUGCUGGGCCACCCCAGCUUGGGCAUCAACGUACAUGCGCUGCCACCGUUGCUCGAUGCUGACACCCGCGACAAGCUCGUCAAGGAUUAUGUUGAGAAAAUCGAGGCGAACUAUCAGUCGUGGCUGACGAAGACGAUCGAACAGGAGGCGGCCGACUGGCGGCGUGACGAACCGCCGGACGUCGACGGUGACCGCUUCCUCACGGCCGCGCCACUCAUUGUCUUCCAGAUGAUCGACCAGAACCUGCAGGUGGCCAAGUCGGUCAGUGACGACUUCGCAAUGCAGGUGCUGUCCGUCAGCCUUGCCCAGGUGACCAACUUCGGGGACCAGUACCGCCAGGUCAUAGUGGCAUACAAGGUUCAGCACUUCGUGGACCGUAGCCAGAUCCGUUACUUCACUCACUACGUAAUAGCGAUCGUGAACAACUGCUCCAGUAUCAUGGAGCUUGCCAAACAGACCAAGGACAGGUACUGGAAGCCGGCCGCGAACGACCACGGCGGCACCAAGGCCCUGGAAGGCCUGCUCCUUGCCUAUCGGAAGCUGCGAGACGACACGAUCGGGUUUCUGCUGGAGGAGAUGUCGCUAGACCUGGAGCCGCACUUCCGUGACCUGCUGACCCGGAAGUGGAUGACCUCGCCGGAGGCGGUCAACACCAUCUGUGCCACGGUCGAAGACUACUGCCAUGACUACGUCCACUUGAACGGCGACAGCUUCGACACGAUCGUGCUCGAUGCCCUGGCUAUGAUCUACCAAAAGUACCUGACGGCGCUGCUCCAGAAACGCAUGACGUUCAAGUCCCUGGAGGAGCGCCAGCAGGGGGCGGACAAGAUCGUGUCGGACACGACCCAGCUGACGGAGACGUUUGAGCGCAUCUCGGCUGCGAGCCGGCCCGGCGAGGACACCAGUGCCGAUACCAUCCUGCGGGCCAUGGCCGAGGUGCUGCGGGUGGAGGACGCCGACCUGCUGACGCUGGAGCUGCACGGUCUGCUGCGCCACUGUCCGGACGCCACGGCCGACCACCUGACCGCGCUGCUGCUGCUGCGCGGCGACCUCGGCCGGCUGGAGGUGCGACAGCGCGUCCAGCAGCUGCUGGAGGCGGCGCCCGCCCCCGGCGCAGCCACCGUGCUGUCUCGAGUGCAGGUGCCCAACGGCCUGUUCAACCUGACCUGAGCGAGGACGCGGUCUGCCGGACCUGACCGGGGCCAUGUGGCAGUUUGCUGAACGUCACCCGCGCAGCUGUGCUCGGCGCGUCAUUGAUUCCACGCUAGCUUGGCGUUUGUAGGCAACCGUUGGGCAACCGAUAAGCAGAUACUGCGAAAGAACAGGUUGGGUCGCUAAAGACGCAAGCUGAUGGUGAUAAAUGGUGCGUGAUAUAUGCCUUGGCUAUGCUUCGUAUGUUGUUAUUGUUUGCAAGGGGCAUCGGCAAGAGGGCAAAACUGAAAUACAGCAACACACGUAAGGUGGAACAGAGGCCACAACAUAGCCAUGUGGAUUGCGCAGUGAGCAUUGUUAAGCAUUAUGCAUACGUAUGCAAUGCUACCUCUUUAAGAAUGUAGGGAUGGCUCAAUAAAAGUAUGCACUCAGAA